UUUCGUUUGUGGUUAGGUUACUCUUGUUUGUUACUAAGGUGGUGAUUGUUAUUUCAAAACAAUAAUGUAUCUAUUAGGUUUAAAGAUGAAACAUAAAUAUUCACACUUCAAAAAAGUUCUUCAGUUCUUCAACUCCCCGAAUCAUCUCUACUCACAUUUUAGUAGAAUAUCUUCAAUGAAUGCCGUUGGAUGAAUUAGAAACAGAAUACAGAAUGUAAUUAAGUCAUUGAAUACCGUAGGCUAAUCAAAAACACUGGACUUACAAUAUCCUGUUUACCCAACAGUGACUUGAAUGAUUGAAGUUCAGCAUUUCAGUUGAACUAACGGGCAAGUUACAAUUGCAUUGGGAUGAUGACCAGAUCCCUUUCUUCUAUUUUGGAACAAGAAACUAUCAAUGUCAUCAAGGAAGAGAUACUAAUGAGUAUCAGAAAAGAAAAUAUGCUCAACUUAGAGACAAAAUGGAUGGCUGAAGCGGAGCUUCUAAAAGAAGCGAAAGCCGGGGCAGCCAGAGCUGAGGUUGCUGGGCCAACAGGUUGGACAAAAUGCCCUCUUCGUCCAACCAACAAGCGCUUCUUACAAAAUACUAUCCUUCAAACGAUUGCAAGCAGCAACACAAACAAAGCUAAACACAAGACAGAGAAUGAAGAGUCUCCAAAAUCGCUCAAGAAACUAAAAAUGAGCUGACAUCUUGGGAACUUUUCUUGUUGCUAUGGGCCUGCUAGCCUCAGUUGGCGUCUGGGGAGAACCGGAUUAGGGGUUCCUGGUCGCGGCGUGAUCAAAUACAAGAUUUAGACUGGCUAGAUGCGAAUACAUCUGAAGCGAAAACCCUGUGCUCUAUUCGUUCGUUUGUUUCUGAUUUUUGUCGCAAUAGCAGCAAUUCUUUCUACAAUAUCGCAUCUAUUGUAUUAUAAAACGAUAGAUACUGCAGGUUUGCUGUCUGGGCAAGACAUUAAACUUCUUAUUAAGGAUGCUGAAUCAAUCAAUGCAAAAAGAAUAGGGCGUGUACAAAAAGUUUGCAGCAAAUAUAAUUUGGGAUUAUUCAAAAACAGUGCUGAAGUGUCACUAUUCAAGCAUCCUCCGACUCCACAAUACAGUGUUUUCUACAUAGAUAAAGGUCAUAAGUUGGCAUGGUGCCCAGUGUAUAAGGCAGCUUCUUCUAGUAUGCUGCACAAUCUGUGUCUACUUGGAGGUUUUACAGAGCAGUUUCUUGGACAAACAACUCAACAACUGAGUACUAUUGCUCGUAAAAUCUAUCCUGAACUUGAUUACCCCCAAGCAGAAGAGGCUUUGCAGAGUUGCCUGAAGGUGAUUAUAGUUCGACACCCUUUUGAAAGACUGCUAUCUGCUUAUAGAGAUAAAUUGGAAAAUGUGAAUGUUAGAAAAGAGCAUGGAUCAGUUCAUUUUUACCAGAGUUAUGGCUCAAAAAUUGUUGAACGGUUCAGAGUUGGUGGUAAUAAGACAAAAACUGAAGAGGUACUGAGACCAGGAACGUACCAUUGGCAGAAGGAUCAACCAAAGCCAGCCGGUUUUGAACCAACAUUUCAGGAGUUUGUAAGGUAUCUGAUCAGCACAGAUCUUCUUUCAUAUGCAGAUGAUCACUGGAUUCCCUACUAUUUAUUCUGCACUCCAUGUUUAUUGAAAUACGACUUCAUAGCAAAAGUUGAGACAUUGUUCAGAGACCAAAUGUACAUAAUCAGAGCUCUAGAUGUGCAACAAAUUAUAAAACCAACAUGGAAGCACCAGACCAAAGGCAGUCACUCAAUCGAUACAAUUUCAAAAGCUUAUUUCUCCCAAUUAACAAGACUGCAAAUAGAAAAACUAUAUAAAAAAUAUAAAUUGGAUUUUGAAUUGUUCGAUUACAUUCCAGACGUGUAUUAUAAUUAUGCACUUGACUAAUAAUAAAAACUGAUGAAAAGGAUUCAAGUAUAUAUUUUAUUUUAUUUUAAUGAUGGAAUGUGCUUUUUUGGCGAAAUAAAUUCAAUUCAAUAUACUGUUAUUGGAGUACUAUA